CCUGUGGUUGCACAUGGUACCUAAUCGCUACUCCACUCAGGACUCAUAAUUCCUUUAUUUCUUUUAACUAAUCUUCUGUGAUAAACAAAUUUAAUAAUACUCUUUUCUGCCAUUAUAAAAUGGAAUGAGAAGUGGUCAUAUUAUGCAGGAAGGCUCUGCAAUGGUGGGAUUUAAGUUUAUUACUUUUCUGCUAUUAGCAGUGCUUUGGUUUUCUGUAGCCCAUUGCAUUGCAGGUGAUAACAACAGACAAGGAAGAGUGCUCCGUAGGAAACAGAACUAUGUGCCCCAGUUUUUAGUUCCACAGAACCAAAUCAGGGCAAGAGUUGGAGACCCACCAUUAAGAUGGAGCAAAAAGCUUGCUAACUAUGCAAAAUGGUGGGCAAACCAGAGGAGGGGGGACUGUAGCCUAACACAUUCUAAUGGCCCAUAUGGUGAAAAUCUCUUCUGGGGAAGUGGUAAAGCUUGGCAACCUAAGGAUGCUGUUUCUGCAUGGAUUGGAGAGUACAAGUUUUAUAACUAUCAGAGGAAUUCUUGCAAUGGGUAUCAACAAUGUGGGCAUUAUACUCAGAUUGUAUGGAGAAAAACAAGGAGUGUUGGGUGUGCUAGAAUAAUAUGCAACCGUGGGGAUGUGUUCAUGACAUGCAACUAUGAUCCUCCGGGCAAUUACAUUGGGCAGAAACCUUAUUGAGGAUGUAAUUUGUUGCUAUAUAUUAUGAUUUUUAUUAAAAAGAUAUUAUGAAUCUGUUUUGUGCUCUCUUCUUCACGCUGUCAAGUAGGAAUUUGUACAAAAGCUAUGUUGAAGACGGUUUAGGAAUGCCUAAUGGCUUGUAAUGUUGAUGGUGGGUACCCAUCUAUGCUACUGCUCCCUUUGCUUUGAAAUGUUUCUACUGUAUAACCCGUACUUCACUCUGUAAUGCACCCUUGGAAAUUGUCUAUUUUGUAGUGAUUAUGAGAAGGAUGUCAUUCCAAA